UCUCACCAAACUUCCAAACCAUUUAUCUUUUAGGAGUUCUAGUUAAUUAAUUAACCUUCGAUCUCCAAAGAAGUUGUCUUACAUUUUCUUUUAGGCCUGAAAAUAUGGCAGUGGCGAAUUAUUUGGAUACCAUCUUGGUUCCUUUGAGUCUGUUCCUAAGUGUGGGAUACCAUGCCUUUCUAUGGCACAACUUCAAGAACAAUCCCUCCUCUAUCACCAUAGGAAUCAACACUCUCAAUAGAAGGGAAUGGUUACAAGGUAUCAAACAGGGUGAUGAUAAGAAGGAGGUAUUAGCAGUUCAAAGCCUAAGGAACACCUUAAUGGAAGUUAUACUAACAGCCACAGUAACCAUUCUAAGCACCGUUGCUUUAGCUGCCUUAGCCAACAAUGCCUAUAAGGCCAGUGACCUUCUAGCUACGACUCCAUUUUUCGGGACUCAAACAGGGCGGAUCAUCGUCCUCAAAUAUGGUUCGGCAUUCGUUUUCCUACUGACGAGCUUCUUGUGUAGCUCAAUAGCCAUUAGCUACCUUGUGGAUGCCAACUUCUUGAUCAAUGCAUCAGGGGAAUAUAUGAGCCGUGGGCAUACCAAGGUGGUGUUAGAAAGAGGGUUUCUUAUGGGAGUUGUAGGAAGCAGAAUGUUGUGUAUUAGUUUGCCUUUAAUGUUGUGGUUAAUUGGCCCAGUUUUUGUGCUCAUUUCUUCCUUGGGUAUGCUUUGGGUUUUGUAUGGGCUUGAUUAUGUUACUAAAGUCCAUGGUGUAUCUAUUUUAAAGAUGUAGUGUUGAGUGGUCCAUUUGGAAAUCAGGUUUUUAAAGGAUUACAAAGUUCUUAAACAUUUACCAUGAUGUACAAGUAUUUCAUAAACAUAAUAGACUUAGUUAAUACUACCUCCGUUCUCUUUUAGUUGCAACA